AGCAUCAGCACCACUGAGCUUCACCUCGUCAUGAGCCGCGCGCGCGCCGGAGCCUGGAUGUGCUGCUGAGCAGGCGGAGAGAGCCACACACCGACCUCACACACCGCUCCACGAUCACUAACGAGCUUCAGGUGUUCGAUAUAACUCUGCGUGUGUGUGUCUGCGCGUGUGCGUGUGUAUGCGUGUGUGUGUGUGUUUUUGCGGAGGACAAAACCCGAGGCGCUUUUUCCCUCUCAACCCGCGGAGCAGCACGUGAAGAGCGACUGUGUGUGUGUGUAUGAGUGAGUGUGUGUGUGUGAGUGUGUGAUGAGCUGCGUAUAACGGAUCCACGCCGGGGUUUGGAGUGAAAACUUUUUCCCUGCGACAGGGAUGCUCUGUGCCCUGACUGCACUCUGGCCUUCUGAAGGAACUUGAUAUUAGUUUUACAACCGGACGCUUUUUUUUCUUCUCUCUCUUUCUUUCUCUCUUUUUCGCAGGUAGCCUUAUGUCAUCUUGUGUGUAAGUGUGAGUGUGUGUGUGUGUGAGUGUGUGUGUGAAGGUAUCAUCCUGCUUGAACCGUUUUGCUGAACAUGUCGGUUGGCGAGCCGCGCUGCGUUACGACACACCGCUCCCACCAGAUAACGUUGAUGCAUUAUAAAGUGCGGUGUGUGCGCUGAAUGAUUGCUUUGCUGAUGAAUAACGAGUGUUCAUCCUCCGCUAUAGGCAGGUCUAUACGGCUCACCGUCUCACCCUGGCUUAUAUAAUCUCAUUCUAACUCUUUCCAUAGGGUACAGGAGUGUUUUUCCUCUAGUCUCUGAUUAACCCUGUUGGUGCGCUUUUUCACACGCUUUAUUAAAAAAAAUGACAUUAGUGGCUGCUGAUAAACUCUCUCCUGUCUGAUGAGCGACAGUAUGGACUUCUGAACUCCCCAGUCCCCGGAACAAUCUGCAGGCAACAUUAAAACCUUAAACACGGACUUUGAGGACUGUGGACGGAAAAGAGAGAGAAAGAGAAAGGGAGAGAGAGAGGGGAAAAAAACGCUUCAGACACGUUUGGCACUUCUGACUGAGUGGAGAGAACGCACAGCCGCCCAGAUGCAGUUUCGACUCUUCUCCUUUGCUUUGAUCGUGUUGAACUGCAUGGACUACAGCCACUGUCAGACGCAGGCGCAUCGCUGGAGAAGGAACAAAAGAGCUAGCUAUGUUUACCCAAUCUGCAAAGGCUGCUCAGUGUGUUCGAAGGACAAUGGGUGUAUGACGUGCCAGCCCAAGCUCUUCCUUUUCCUGAGGAGGGAGAGGAUGAGACAGUACGGCGAGUGUCUCCAUGUCUGCCCCUCUGGCUACUAUGGCACCCGUGGGCCGGAGAUCAACAUGUGCUCAAGAUGUAGGAUAGAGAACUGUGAGACCUGUUUCAGCAAAGAGCAUUGUACAAAGUGCAAACCUGGUUUUUACUUGCACAAAACCCGCUGCUAUGAGAAGUGUCCAGAGGGCUUUGCUCCACUGGAUGACAGCAUGGAGUGCGGAGAGGGCUGUGAGGUGGGCCAGUGGAGCGAGUGGGGGACGUGCACCAGGAGAAACAAAACAUGUGGCUUCAAGUGGGGAUUGGAGACUCGCACAAGGCAUAUUGUGAAGAAACCACCAAGGGACACAAUACCAUGUCCUACGAUUGCUGAGUCCAGGAGGUGCAAAAUGCCUAUGCGACACUGCAGGAAAGGGGGAUCGGGGAAGCACAAGCCCAAAGAUCAGAAGAAGAAGUCCAACAAGCAGAGGCUGCGCUUCCGGGCUCAGAACCACCACAGUGACCACCUGGCCUCAUUGAGGGCCAGCCAGUAAAGACUGAGAUUUCCACAUGGAACGAAGAUCAGAAAGCUGCUACCCGCUGCUCAACACACACUCUUAUAUGCACACUCACACACACCCACACACACACAUACACACACAUACACACACAUACACACACAAAUACAAAUGCAGUUCCUCAUAGUCUCUUAAGCUGUACACACACAUUCACACAUGCGCUGUGUAUUUGUACCUCCUGCUGCUUCCGUCGUGCCGGUGCCCCAACGCGUGACCCUUCUCAACAUCAUUGAGCCGUACAGCAGCUGUUGGUACCCAGACUGAGCUGGAAGAUGAGGAAAACAGAGCUGAACGAGGACUGAAGGAGUCAUGGACUUUAAGGUUGGAGGAUGAGCAAUGAGCAAGAGAAAGAGAGAGAGAGAGGGGGAGAGAGAGAGCAGGAGGAGAAUGGAUAGAAGGAGGGUGGAUGGAGAGAAUAAUGUCUUGAAGAAAGAGACUUGUCUAUAUUUAUCUAAAAUGAUGCGCAUUGAUGGAGGCAGAGUGCGCCAUGUAAUGCCUUUUUGGUUGGCUCUGUACAUUUUUGAGAGUAAUCCAGUAUAAUGUGUAGUUGCAAAGUAUUUUAUUCUCGGCACAAGAUGUUUACGUCCAGACUGCUUUAUGCUCUAACUGUAUAUUGUGGAUAAUAAAAAUUUAGUUGUUCACCUAGCAUGGCCACAAGCUCAUGUGUACAUAGUUGGUGAGUUUAUCUAAUUAUAUUAUUAAAAUAAAACAUUACUGUAUUUUCAGUAUUGAACUCCUUCACCAUUAAAUGUGUUAGUAAAAGGUUAUAAUACCAGCUACAGAUUUAAGAUUUAAAAAAAAAACAAAAAAUAAGUAAAUAAAACAUAGCCUUCACAUAGCUAUUACAUUUAUAUGGUAUAUAUUUGAUUUAUUUAUUGAUUUUGAUUUUGUACUUUUUUGUGUUUGGUGACAGUUUUGUCUCUGUAUCUGUUACUACUCUGUGCUGAAAUAUUCUUUGAACACUUAUAACAAUACAGAUAUCUCCACCAGUGGAACCAGUUUCUGUCAGAUGUGUCUAAUAACUGUUCUUUAGAAGAACUUUCCAUGCUUUAAGCUUUAAACUGACCCAUAAUAGAGCAGCUGAAAUAUUAUAGGCAAUGGAAUGACCAUGUAUAUAUGAUGUUCUAUUAAAAAUGCGAUUCAUGCCA